AUGAUAACUAUUCUCCCUCUUGGUCAUUCUAGUACUAUUACUACCACUACUACUUAUUAUACUACUCAUUCUCUUCCUCCUCCUUCUCCUCCUCCUCCUCCCUCCGCCUCUUCUUCGACUAGUUCGCGAAGAGGACGCGGUGAAACACUACCGGAUCCGGUCGCGUAUCAGUCACUCGAGUCCCGAUCUGAAGCGCUACUACAUCUCUCGGCAGCUGCCGUUUGUCGCGGUACAGCAACUGGUCCGUCACUACUCGGAAAACCAGUCGGGUCUCUGUUGCCGCCUCGGACGACCCUGCAUAAAAGUGAGUUCACCCAUUUUGACACUUCUACACAGUUUGUUGGGGAGACCUUCACUUCGCAUGAAAGUAGACGGAGAAGAGAUUCAUAG